CGAUGAAAAAUCGGGUAGCUGUCAUACCUCUCAAAACGCUGCAUCUGUGGUGCGACGCGUUUGUAUUCGGGACUCUCACUCUGACUCGACUCUGGGAGUAAGGAAGUAGAACGUUGAAUUAUAAAGUGCUCGAGUGCAUCACCGGAUUUAAUACGGAUCCGACGUGACACAGAACCCGUGUGUUGGCAAGUUCAACCUCGUACAGGAUGGCCAAAACCAAGACCAAUGCCGAAAUGGAGAACGGAGUCAAAUCAUCGCCUACCAUCACCGAGGCAACAACGGCCUCGUCGUCGUCAUCUUCUGGAACACCAGCGCUUCCGCCGGAGAGUGACAACAUAUCAACCCGUGUCGGCUCAAGAACCAAGAAAGCAAAAGUCGUAUUCGAUCCAUCUGAUAAUUACGUACCGAGAAAGCGGGUUCGCAAGGCGGAUUUACCCUCCAGCGAGCCACCAGUUGGUUCGUCAAAAUCGGAAAACUUGAUUUCCAGAUCCCCCUCCAAGUCGGACGGGCCAGCAACCGAUAACGGUACCGUGCCCAAGUUGCGGCUGACGCUGAGUCCCGCCUCGGUUACAACCACCAAACAAAUCUCAGCAACCCUGUUGACCACCAGCUACAGCCGACCGAAAGUACUUGGCGGUGGUCCAUCUUCAUCGUCAUCGUCCACGUCCGAUGCUUUGGCCGGUGGGCUGUCGGAACCGGGCGGCAGUGGAAACACGGUCCGAAAACAUGACUUCAUCAUCAAACGGGAACCCAAUUGCGACAUGUGUCACAAGGUGGAACAGCAGCGCCGCGGAUUCAAGCUGAUUGAUUGCCCCAGCUGCGCUUUUCGAGCACACUCGAAAUGCCUGCGAGCUCAUCCUGUCUAUCAGAAAUUCCCGAUUCGGAUCAACUUCCGCUGUUUCCAAUGUAUCGAAUGUGUUGUUUGUGGCAAAUCGUUACGAGGCGGAAAUCUUUUGUUCUGCUGUAAUUGCCAGAAUGCAUUCCACUCAAACUGUCAUGGGCCGUCCAACUCGGACAGUCCAUGGGUUUGCAAGCGCUGUCUUGGGAUUCGCAGUCCGGUUAAGCAGCCUCGCUCGGAACCGGAAAAACCGCCAACGGUCGAGGCCAAACGGCCAGAAUCGAUCGACAAUGCCGACGAUGAAGCCCAUCAGGAAUUUGCUGGCUUCAGCGAUAAUGAGAUGCGGAAGGAUUCAUUUUCUCUGUCGGAUUCGGGACCGGUCAAUGAUAGUUCACUGCAGCCAGAUGACAUGGAAGAUGAUGAAGAGGACGAUGAGGAGGAGGAGGAUGAGGAGAAUGAUGAACAGCAGGAAGACGAAGAGGACGAAGAGGCAGAUGAUAUGGAACCUGCAGACCAGAACGACUCAGCUGAGGAAAACAACGAUGUCGUCAAUGACGAGGAGAAGUUUGAUCCGCGGCUUGAUAAUUUCGAAGAAGUUCACAACUGGUCUUGCGAAGACGUGUAUCAAUAUUUCAAUCAUUAUUUCCCAGAUUAUGCUCAUUUGUUCAAAGAACAGGAAAUCGACGGACCAUCAUUGGUUCUGAUGAGAAAAUCAGAUGUACUGUCCGGGUUCGGCUUGAAGUUGGGACCUGCGAUAAGCCUCUACCAACGGAUCGUCAUGAUGCAGAACAAUGAUAGGGAUUUCCGUUUGACUUGGAUUUGAAUUGUGGAUUUGUUUUUGCGAGUUAGUAAACUACUUUUGAUGAGUUUUAAAUUUUUAAGGAACUGUUUUAUUAGAUUAUAUUGAAAUCUAUUCUGUAAGUGAAUUCAAUUGCAAGAACGCAAUGAGUUCGAAAGAUUUUUUUCUCACUGAAAUACACACGCUCCUUAGUGAUUAAAGUUUUAAACAGAAUUAAAGUGUUGCAGUUUAUUUAUUUGUGAAAUAAAAUAAGUGUUUAUUGAAA